GGCGGGGCCACACACGUCAGAACAGCGGCGCUUCCCGCCAAGUGGGUGCGAUUAGUGUGGGGAGAGCGAUUGUAUUGGGUGUGCUUGGGAACUGUGGGGCUCUCGCUGCUGUGACAGAGCUUCAGAAAAGCGAUCAUAAUGGAAAAUGUGUACGUGUCUCAUGUGGAAGAUGCUGUGACAUUUUGGGGACAGUCAAUUAGCAGAAUACAUGACAUUUCAAAACUGUCUGAUUCCUUGGCCAAGACUUGCCCUACAAUGAGCCCUGUUUUUGGAACUCCUGACCAUGAUAAGAUAUAUGGUGGAAUGUUUACAGCUGACACAUGCUGGUAUAGAUGCAAGUUGAAUAGUAUUCUAAGUGAUGAUCAGUGUCGGGCAACAUAUAUCGACUAUGGAAAUUCUGAGGUUUUAAAUCGGUCCAGCAUUGUUGAGCUUCCUGAUGAUUUACAGUUUCCAGCUAUUGCCCAAAAGUAUCGAAUUUGGGGACUUCAGCUGCAGGAAUGUAACAACAUAGAACAGGGCAUGACAUUUCUAAACCAACUAAUUGCAGACAAGAAAGUGUUUGUGCAGCAGAAAGUUACAUAUAAAGAUGGCACUAUUGCUUGCCAGGUUUGGCAUGAAAACAUUGAUAUUGGGGAAGAGGUUGCAAAUAAAGGAUUUGCAGAAAAAUGCAGAAAUGUUAGCAGUCCAGAAGUGAAAACAGACCUAUCUGUAUGUAGUUUAAAGUCACCUUCACCAUGGACUUCCCGAAAAUUUGAGAGACCUCCCAUGCGUGAGCCAAAAACCUUGCCUGUAUUAAUCCGAAGUACCAUUAAUCAUAAAGAAUCAGACACCUGGAUGGAAGUUAACUGUGGGAACAGUUUCACAGGAGCAAGGGUACGAACUCCUGAUGUUAAUUUUGGAAAUGCUAAGAAAAAUGACUCCAAAUUAUUAGAAGAGAUUAAACUGGUAAAAGAUGAGAGAGAUUCUUUAAUAGCAAAAUCAAGUACACUUGCGUCUCAGAUCGGCAAGCUACAGCUUGAUUGGAAGAAAGAAAAGGAGAUAUAUGAAGAAACUAUUCAGGAUCUAGAAAGGAAUUUGCAGUCUGCAGUGGGAGACAAGUUGAAAAGUUUAGCUUCUAAAUUUGAAAUGCUCAGAUCUGUAAGACAUGAAAAUGAAAAAGUACACAGUGAAGAUGAUCUUUUGCAGGCUGUCAUAGUUGUAACAGAAGAAAAGCUUGUACCUCCGUCAUCGCUAAGUAAUCUAGAUGAAACAUGGGAAAAAUACAACCUGGCACAAGAAACAAUCAAAAAUUGCUCAGAUAUAACAAAACUUAGUUUUCUUAUAAACAGAAGGGACAAUGUACAACAAGAAUUGCUUUCUUCUGUAGACUCCUUUAUGCUUGAAGUGGAUGAGUUACCGCUUAAUGCUCGCUCUGCAGAUUUACAGGUCUUGCUAUCAGCACUUGAAUCUGUUUAUGGAGAACCUUGUGGCAUCAAAGAAACUGAUGCAUGUUUUGAUGACUUUCAUAAAUGGAAACAAGCCAAAAUGGAGCAAUUCACACGUGUCAGAAAUGAUACUGACAAGUUUCUUGGAGCUCUGUCAUCAUGGUUUUGUAGCAAUAAAGAGUUUUUUGACUUGUCUUCUGAGAACUCAUUAGAAUCUUCUGAAGUCAUAGGGAAUAUUGAUGAAAUAUUGGACCAAGUAGAGUCCCAUGUAUCAAAGGAAUUGGAUGUAUCUUUGGUGGAACAUGAUGAAGCAGACAGGCAAAUUAUAAUACAUGCCUACAACAGGGUUGUACAAUGUAUUCAUGAGGAGCUUCAUCUUAUUUCUCUUGUGACGUCUAAAUAUUCAACUAGUUCUGAAUUCAAAAAAGGCAUUGUUGAUUGGGUUGAUUGCAGUCCGAAUAUCAAUCAAUUGAUGUCGGUUAAGAAGACUAUCAAAGGAUUAAAAGCUAAGCUCCGGUGGAAGUUAGUUGAAAGAAGCAGUAUUGAAGAUUCUGAUGAAAGCAAUGAAACCAUUCUAGCCGAAAUAAAGGAUGAAGUUAAAAUGCUGAGGAACACAAUUUUUUCAGAAAUAGUCAGAGAACAAGAGGAAUAUAGGACACUUAGCAGUUUGGUCCAGAAGUGGUUUCCUGAACUUCCUCUACUUCAUCCAGAAGCAGGAAUAUUAAACUAUAUGAAUUCUGGAGGUCUUCUGUCUGGUACAGUAGAGAGGGACAUUUUUGAUGCAGAGCCAAUGAAGGAACUUAGUAGCAAGCGUCCGCUUGUACGGGCCGAAAUUGAAAAUAGAAUGGUCUUGUUGAAGGGUUAUUCUGUUGGGGUGGACACAGAAGAAAAAGUGGUUGAAAGAGCUGCAAAAUAUCAUCAAGCUUGGUCUAUCCUGAAAGAGGAUUCUGGAUUGAUGGAACUGGUCUGCCUUUUUUUCUGCAAGGCUGACCCACUUGUGUACCUGAUUGUUCCAUUUUAUCCCGAAGAAUCUUUGGCUGCUGUACAAGCAAAACAUUCUUUGACAUCUAGUGAAAUACUGAAAGUGAUGGGUGGAGUUGCACACGGCUUGCAGAUUCUGCAUGGUGCUGGUAUUGUAGUUGGUGCCCUGCAUGAGAAUAAUGUAUUUGCUAUUAAUCGGGAGAAAGGAAUAAUUGGAGAUUUCGACUUUACCAGGGAUGCAAAUCAGCGUAGUUCCAUUACUAUGGUUGGGUUUCCUCAUGUUACUGCUCCUGAACUGAAACUCGGACAAACUGCUACAGAAGCCUCGGAUAUGUAUGCUUAUGGGUGCCUCUUCUUGUGGCUUAGUUUAGGAAGCAACAAAAUUACAACAAAACAAGAUGGAACACCUGAUUUAAAUCAUCUUACCUUAGAUCCUAAAAUGAAAAGUCUGUUGUCUGGUCUUCUUCGUUGCGGAGAUCGCCUGCGUGCAGAAGAAGUCAGGGCGCAUGAAUAUUUUCAGUCAGCCUCUAUUUUGGUUUCCAGUACCUCUUAUGAAGUAGCUGAAGAUACACCAGCAGAUUUUGCUUAAGUUACAUGCUUUCCAAAAACUCGUUCUUAAGCUUUUCUUUUCACUUAGAUGAAUCCCAUACAUUCUCUGUUCCUUUUAGAGAGUAGGCCUGUCUAGUAAAUCUGUAUUCCUUUUUUAUUACUAAUUUUCAUUCACUUGUAACUUGCAGUUUCUUACUAUAUUUUCAUAUUUGCUUAGUCUAAGCAUAUGUUGUGUUUGUAUUUAAGUAAUUCUGCUAUUAUCAGGCAGCACUACCUGUAACAUUUUCUGUUCCUUACGUGAAGAUCACCUCUCCCAUUGUUGCUCUUGUAAGUUUGUCGCAAAUGUGUGAAUUGAUAACUACAUGCUAUAUAUGGGGUGAUAUACACAAAUUAAAGGACAUUGUUAGGCUUAAUCAAGCUGUGGAAA